AUAGGGAGGUGGGGCGAAGGCGGAAGAGCCGCUCCUUGGGCGCUUGCGUCCUUAAAGAGACAGACCCCCCUUUACGGCUGCUUUCUUGCGACAUGGCCGGAUUUGGGGAUUCGGAGCCUGCGGGUGUUCUUUGCAGGAGUCGCAGAUCGGCAUCGUUUACAGAUGGACUUUCGGCGGCCUCGUUCACAGACUACCCCCGGCACAAGCCCUUCAUUAACGCAGACUUGCAGCGAUCCCCUGCCAGGCCAGUAAUUGCAUAUCCGGAGAGUAACAGCCGAGCCAUAUUCUCCGCUCUGAAGAACCUUCAGGAGAAGAUACGGCGGCUGGAGCUGGAGCGGGUUCAAGCUGAGGAGAGCGUGAAAAGUCUGACAAAGGAGACCUCGGAGUACAAGAAGGUGUUGAAUGACCAACUGCUGGAGAAAGAGUAUUCGAAGCUGGAGGUGGCCAGGAAAAAUGAAGACUUGGCUGCUCAGCUGGCCGGUGCCGAAAGUCGCUGCAACCUGCUAGAGAAGCAGCUAGAGUACAUGCGACGAAUGAUAGAACGUGCGGAGCAAGAAAAGACAAGCGUCUUGAGAAAGCAGGCCACGUUGGAGAGCGAGAAUCUCUUCGACCAGUCGCAUGUGAAAGCUAAGCUGGAGAGGCUGGAUAUGCUUGAGAAGGAAUACUCCCGGCUGACGGCGAUGCAGUCUGUGGCAGAGAAAAAGAUGAAAGAGCUGGAGGAGAAGCUCCGAGAGGAAGAACACUCCCGGAAACUGAUGCAGGAGAAAGCAGCCGAGCUGCAGACCGGAUUGGAGAUCAACAGGAAGCUGCUGCAAGCGAAGACGCAGCCGGGACUGGAGUUGCUGCCCUCGAAACCGAAGAUGAAGAAGAAGAAAGCGAAGAAGCUGGACAAGGGCGAUUCUGCCACGACCCACGUCCACUCCCAGCCCCACUACAGGCUGCAACUGGGGGAUGUGCCGUUCGUGGCUGGAAAGUCCACCAGCCCCAGCCACUCUGUCGGGGCCAACGUCCAGCACGUCCUUUACCUCAUGAAGCAUCACUCGAAAGCCCUUUGCAACGAUCGCGUGGUGAGCGAAGUCCCGUUGAGCAAGCACGCAAACCGGGGCCGGAGGUCCUCCGUGUCGUCCAUCGCUUCCGCCUCCCAGGGAGACCUUUCGGAGGUUCUGCUGACUUUGCAGGACGAACUCGGGCAGAUGAGCUUUGACCACCAGCGGCUGGCCAAACUCAUCCAGGAUGCUCCGACACUUGUCCAGCGGCAAGACCUGGAGCAGGAGCGAGAAGGGCUGGUGAAAAGGAUGGAGGCCAAGGCAGAACAAAUCUCUAAAAUCCAGCGACAUCGGGCACGGCUGGAGAAACACAGGCGAGAAGGCAAACCCAAAUGUCAUAGCCCUCAACAGCUGAGAAAAGCCAGUGAAAGGAAAACAGUGCCGGCGAAGGCGAAAGAUGUCGGCUCGAAAGCAAAGCCUGGGGAGAAAGGCAAGAAGAGCCUACAGCUGCUGAGGGAAAUGCAAAGUAUACAGACCUCCCUUCAAAAAGAUGACGUCGCUUGGGACUGUUGAGGUGUCUUGCUUGUGUGGUUUCCCCCUCUUCUUUUAAUUCUGUUUUGUACUUCUCCUUCUCUCCGGCUCCAGCCCAGCUGACUUCCCUGACACAAACAAGAUCAAAGCUGCACUUUGUAAGCAGCCCUGCAAUUUCCCACCUGUAGGCCUGAUCGCGUUACAGCCCUAAUCCUGCUGGGACCAGGGGUGGGGGGAAAUUAGAAGACCCUUCUAUUACUUCAGUACAUUUCCAGCCCUUUUACUUUCCUGUCAAUUAUCCAUACACUUUUUUGGGGUGGGGGGAGGGGGAUUGUUGCUUAUUUGCUGUGAGGCCUAAUCUUUGCCCUGCUUCCUUCUACCUCAUAGGCAAUUUAUUUAAUUGCUCGGCCAUGACUCUGCCUGCUGGGCAGACAAUGCUUCAUCCACAAGAGAACUGAAGGUGGUACAACAGAGGGUACUGUUACCUGUGUGGGCGGUGUGCAUGGGCAAUCAUCUUUAUUACCUCCUCUGGCAUUGACAGGUUAAAGUGUGUUUGUGAACUGGCUACCCAAUGUCUUGUGGUUUUGGCCAGACGGUUUCUUUGCUGGAAAGGUAUGUAUCCUCCACAGGUAACAAAGGCUCUACAUCUGUCUCCUGCCUCAAGUGUCACCUGGCCUUUUUUUAAUAUAUGAGGGCCAUUUCCCUGCGCGGUUUCUUGUCACUUUGGAUGCCCUAAAAGAGGUGCCAAUUCUUGCAAGCUUU